CUCGGUUGCCGUGGGAACAGCUGAGCACUGCGGCGCCCGGAGACCUAGCCGUGAGCGGUACCGAGGCCCCGGCAUGGAGCUGCCGGAUCCGGUCCGCCAGCGGCUGGGAAACUUCAGCCGGACCGUGUUCAGCGACUCCAACCGGACCGGGCCGGAGUAUAACGAGGGUCCGGAUAAUGAAAUGGUUUCCAGUUUGGCACUGCAGAUGUCACUUUAUUUUAACACUUACUUUUUCCCACUUUGGUGGGUGAGCAGCAUUAUGAUGCUUCAGAUGAAGUAUUCCAUCUUGCCUGAUUACUACAAGUUCAUUGUGGUCACCAUUAUCAUCCUAAUAACUUUAAUUGAAGCUAUCAGGUUGUAUCUGGGCUACAUGGGGAACCUGCAGGAGAAGGUUCCUGAGUUGGCUGGCUUCUGGCUUUUGAGCCUUCUGUUGCAGUUGCCUUUAAUUCUUUUCCUGCUCUUCAAUGAGGGCCUAACAAAUCUGCCCUUGGAGAAAGCAGUACAUAUCAUCUUCACUAUAUUCCUUACUUUCCAAGUUGUUUCAGCAUUUCUUACCUUGAGGAAAAUGGUAAAUCAGCUGGCAACUCGUUUCCACCUCCAAGACUUUGACCGGCUGUCUGCAAGCCGAGGAGACAUGCGAAGAGUGAGAUCCUGUAUAGAAGAGAUUUGACCCAGUGCUGUUGAAUAAGCAUCUGGAAGAUCAUUCUAGAAGACUGCAGGAUAACACCAGAGGGCUAACACACAAAAAAGGAUAAAGCAAGUGUUUUGAACUGUAUACUCUCUGGCUCUGAAAUUCCAAGGUUGGACACAAUGAAAAGACUGUACAUCGCAUGAAAGCAGUAAAUCAACCCUAGAGCCUCCAUGUUAUCUACCUGAUGUCAAAUAUCUUAAUUUUUUGUUGUUGUCAACUUUUUCAGGUGUGUAGAGAUCUGUAUUGGUGGCAUUACAUCUUUACUGUAAUAUCUCCAGUUAGUACCUGUAACUAGAAAUGUGUAUAUUUCUUUUAAUAUUGUUGGCCUAUCCAUGUCUUGGCAGUACGCAUGCAGUAUGUGGAGAUGCUGGUCAGUACUGUGAUGUAUUAGACUACAUUUGUAAACUGAGACACCAAAUUUUCAUGUCUGCUACGGUCUUAGCAAUUAUACUGAGGUUAAGAAGAAAGCAGGUGGAUUGUGAUGAUAUUUAGGAAAUGUUUUUAUGCUAAAAUUGUUAUUUUCAUACAACCAUGUUCAGUAUUUAUGGUGGUGGUGUGCAAAAUGUCUUCACAAUAAGUUAUAAAAUCUUCAUGUUAAAGUAUCUUUAGAAAUCAUUCUUGUCUUUCACAGUUCUUUUGGGCUGUGGGUUUAUUUUUAUUAUAAAGUUGCAAGAGAAAAGUACAUGUAUUUGAGAGCCAUUUGCCACUCUCCUGGGUACAUUAACCCUUAUGAUCUUACCUAUUAAGUCAUUAUUCACUGAAGAACUGCUCAUAUCCAGUAAAUUCACAUGAAGAUUGACCUGAGAAUCAGGGUGCCUGUUAACAUAUAGAGUUUGGAUGGCCCAAAGGACUCAUGAUCAUAAAUGAGCAUAUUCCCUUGCUAAUAGGAGAAACCUAUUGAAGGAAAUUCUGUUAAGAACAAAGCUUGCUUGGGUAUAUCUGAACCAUUAUUUUUAAAUGACAAUUGGGUUAUCUUAAGGGACACAAUAUUUUCUUUCCUAUAGGAAAAUGUGCCUCUGUAAGUAUUGUAUUUUACUGAGAGAGAGUUGUAGCUACAUUAAAAAUCAUUUUUUCUAUC